UUUUUUUCUUGCAAUUAUUUUUUCCACCGUGACGGAAUAAAAUAUAUAUAUAUAGAGAGAGAGAGAGAGAGAGAGACGAACUAAAACCUUAAAUAUGUAACUACGAAUUGUUAUCUCGCAGUUAAGACCUUUUAUUUUUUACAUUUUACAACUUUUUCUGUCCUCUGAAUUCUGUUUGUUUGUUUGUGUGUGUGUUUUAUUUUUUUUUUGUAAAAUUUUUAUUUUUCAAUCUCACAAUAGACAUUUUUCUCUCAAUUUUGACUUUGUCUCUUCCACCAAAGAAAAAAAUCAAAAGUACAGUUUAUAAAGACAGACACUUCUCGUGUGAGGAUUGUGACGCGACGGUCAGCGGAGGCUUUGAUGCCGCCACCUCUCAGAUCGUCUUAUGCCAGAACAACAUCCAUGAACCGCGUGGUGACCCACAAGCUCAUCCACGCCUUCGAUCACUGCAGGGCCCGAGUCGACUGGUUUAACAGCUUCAGACACCUGGCCUGUUCAGAGAUCCGAGCCGCCAGUCUGAGCGGAGACUGUUCGUUCGUUAAUGAGAUUUCCAGAUUUAACUUUGGCCUCAAAGAGCACCAUCAGGUGUGUGUUCGUGGCCGAGCGCUACGCUCCAUCCUCGCCGUAUGCAAGGUGAGCCGGGAGGAGGCGGAGCUAGUGGUUGACGAGGUGUUUGACAGCUGUUUCCAUGACCACGCCCCCUUCACCUACAGAGAUUACGAGAACCGAGACCGAUACUACGCCAACCUCUGAGAGAAAUAUAAUCGGUGGGCGGAGCUAACUCACAUGCAGCGAUCCUAUUGGUUGAGAGUGUGAUUGAUUGCUCGACACCUGCCAGAGAUCAGCAACAAACAAGAAUCAGCAGCAGCAGCUGAACACGCUUCAGUCAGAUCUGAACACGCCCUGUAUCCUGAAAUUAAUUUCAGCACAUGUCCUUGCAUUUAAGGCACUUUUGACAGAUGAAGGGGUCUGUUCAGGUUCGGAGCUGCCGGGGGUCACGAGGGUCUGCCGGGGGUCACGAGGGUCUGCCGGGGGUCACGAGGGUCUGCCGGGGGUCACGAGGGUCUGCUGGAGGACAGGGGAGUAACCGCUGAACCCUCGCUGAACUCUGACCUUGUUCUGGACUCGGUGCUGCUGUGAUGCUCUGAGCUCUUGGACCGCUCUGAUUCUAAGCUCGGACCCGUUCUCUGGGAACUGCUUUGACGGACGCUUGUUUAAACAGAACGAUCAUGCAGUGUGUGUGUGCACAAUAAAAGGAUCAAACUGA